AUGGAGGGAUUUGCUUUCCUGUUCAGAAUCCCAAAUGUCGCGACCAGAGCCAGAGUCAUUAAUCAGCGGUUACGGCAAAUCGAAGGCCAAACUAUGUUUGUCGAUAAAUGGGAGCCGUGCGUAAUCCCUUCUAAGCCCGAGCUCACCUCAGCUCCCAUUUGGCUUGAACUCAGGAAGGUCCCUUUUCAGUUUUUCAACGAGGACGGUCUGGAACGGAUUGCAGGGCUUGUUGGUCACCCGGAGUACUUGCACCCAAUGACGAAGAACAAAACGAAUCUGGAAGUUGCAAAAGUUCUUACUAUCAUAGACCCGAGGAAGCCACUCCCAGAGGCCGUAAAUGUUCAAUUUGAAUCAGGUGAAAUUAGCAGAGUCUUGGUGUCAAGUCCUUGGAUGCCACCAGUGUGUGGUGUUUGCAAAGAAAUAGGCCACGCGUCUAAGCGAUGCCCGGUAGUGCCUAAAGAGUGCUCGCUCUGUAAAUCUAAGGCCCAUGUGUUAGCUCACUGUCCUCAAAAGAAGCGGCAAGAAGUGCCAGUAAAGAGGACAAGACGGGGAAGGUCGAAGGAUAAACAGAAAUGGAUAGUGGUGGAUGCUACUGUGGAUAUUGCUACUAAGUCGCAGCCGCAAGAUCAGACUGGAGCCUUCCACCAGGUUCAGUCUGAGCCCCCUAAGUCUCCUCCGGCUGCUUCCCACUCCACCCGCUCAAAAAUGGAGCUUAUUGCCAAGUCGAAGCUUGGCACAGAGAAAGAUAAAGCAGUAGGUGAAUCCAGUGGCACCCCAUCCUACCUACAACCGAUGCUAACUAGAUCCAGAAGUGGGUCAGGUAUCUCCAGAUCAUCCCAGUCUGAGGUUCAGCCCGACUCUUCAGACAUUGAAUCUUCAGAUCCUGAGUUAGAGGAAGGGGAAUUUAGUAACUUAGAGCCGGACUUCGAGCUGGUGCGUAACCGAAAGAGAUUCUCAGGUAUCAAGGGUCAAUGGGGCAAGGGCCCCAAACUCAACUAA